GUAGCAGUGGAGUCACGGGUCAGCACGGCUUGUACCUCUAGUGCACAAUGUGCCUCCACUCAGUGCUGCUUGAAAAGUAGUAAAUCAAGCGGCUGUGCUGCGCGGAUAGGUGUCGGCGGUGAAUGCUACGUGAGCAAUGAUUCACUGCUGAGCAAGUUCGCAACUAGCGUGUUUACCAACGCCUGCCCGUGUAAAGAUGGGUAUAUUUGCCAAAGAAUUAGUACCUUGAGUCCCAAGGGUAAGCAUAAUAAAUUCCUUUGU